AGUUAUAUAUUGAUACCGUAUUAUUUUAAAUUAGACUGAACUAAUAUUUUAAUAGUAUUGAUUGAUGAUUGAUGAUUGAUUUAUGCUCACGACAAGCGGAAGGACAAUAAACAAGUAGUUUUGUAUUCUAUUAGCACUAUUAAACUAUGUACGUUUUGAAAAUCAGGCACUAGAAUUACAGAUUAAAAAUAAAGUGACAGGUUCGGUGAUGUAUCCAAGCUUUGAGAGAUGAAGAGUGGGUAGCAAGUUCCUUUUUUUUUUUGGGGUUUAGUAUAUAGAUACAAUCAUUGUCCAGUCCUUUAAGGCCAUUGACUUUCUGAAACUUGAAGAACUAAUGGCUAAAGAUUACGUUUCCUCUGUUCUGAAAUCUCUGCUUCUGCUUCUUCAACUUGUCUUGUUGAUUCAUGAUGCUGAUUCUGCCUCCACCGUUAAAUUUCUUCCUGGUUUUGAUGGCCCUCUUCCAUUUGAACUCGAAACCGGGUACAUUGGUGUUGGUGAGGAGGAGGAAGUGCAAUUGUUCUACUACUUCAUCAAGUCUGAGAGGAACCCUGAAGAAGACCCUCUUCUUCUCUGGCUAAGUGGAGGACCUGGCUGCUCUUCCAUCUCUGGCCUUCUUUUUGAGAAUGGGCCUCUAACUAUGAAGCUUGAUGCUUACAAUGGAAGUCUGCCUUCUUUGGUCUCUACUACAUACUCAUGGACCAAGCUUUCAAACAUAAUAUUCUUGGAUCAACCUGUUGGAACUGGCUUCUCCUACUCAAGAACUUCACUUCAUAACAAACCGAGUGAUUCAGGGGAGGCCAGACGGAUCCAUGAAUUUCUUCAAAAGUGGCUAGGAAAGCAUCAAGAGUUUACCUCAAACCCUUUCUAUGCUGCAGGAGAUUCUUAUUCCGGUAUGAUUAUUCCGGCUCUGGUUCAAGAAAUCUCAAAAGGAAAUUAUCAAUGUUGCAAUCCUCCAAUAAAUCUUCAGGGCUACAUGCUCGGUAACCCAAUAACAGAACAUAAUGGUGUAAACUACCGCAUUCCAUAUGCUCAUGGUAUGGCACUCAUCUCUGAUGAGCUCUACGAGUCGCUAAAAAGAGUAUGCAAAGGAGAGUAUGCAUAUGUUGAUUCACGUAACACAGAGUGCUUGAAACUCCUUGAAGAAUAUAAUAAGUGUACAGAUAGAAUAACUCUAUUUAUUAUACAACAUCCUUUGUGUGAAACUGAAACUCCAAAUUGCUAUAUUUAUCGCUAUUUGUUAUCUACCUACUGGGCUAAUGACAAAACCGUACGUAAGGCUCUUCAAAUCAAUGAGGAGAGUAUAGGGGAAUGGAUACGAUGUAAUCUGGAUAUUCCUUACAAUCAUGACAUUGUAAGUAGCGUACCUUACCAUAAAAACAACAGUAUCAGUGGCUAUCGUUCUCUCAUCUUCAGUGGUGAUCAUGAUAUGGCAGUGCCUUACCUUGGAACUCAAGCUUGGAUAAGGUCUCUCAACUAUUCCAUCAUUAAUGAUUGGAGGCCAUGGAUGAUCGACGACCAAAUCGCUGGAUACACAAGAACUUAUGCAAAUAAAAUGACAUUUGCUACUAUCAAAGCAAUGGGCACACGCCAGAGUAUAAACCAGAGGAAAGUUUUAUCAUGUUCGAAAGGUGGAUCAGUGGCCAACCUCUGUAAAAGAGUAAAUUAAUUAUGAGUCUUUCAAGUGACUCGAAAUAAAACUCCUACAUAAUAUGUUAAUCUACUUUGUAAAGCAACUACUCGGUCAUGUUUUCACAACGAUAAAUUAAUAACUCCUAAAAUAAUCAAUGGCCCUAGACAAUUCAGCUUA